AUGCGUGAUACAGCCGCACUGAUCCACAGAGAGCCAUACAUCACACCGCUGCCACAGAGAAACCAGAUUAUUAGCAGAGAUGCGCUUACUUGCCUUCUCAUGCGAAACCCGCCGAGUAUUGUUAAGUUUGAUUACCAAGCUCUGUCCUGGUUCACCCUGCUGCGAGUGUGUAAAGGGGUUUUUCUUUCUGUAUUUUUAUCUCCACAGAACCAAAGGCAGGCAGACGAGGAGACGCUGAAUGUGAGCCCCGGGCCCCUGUUGAAGGAGAUGUCCCUGUGUCUGCUGGAUCUGAAGGGCCUGUGCAGUGUCCUCACACAGAGAGCUCAAGGCAAAGAGCCCAACCUGGCCCUGCUGCUUGGCAUCAAAUCUAUGAGCUGCUCGGCGGAGGAGAGCGAGAAGCCGCUGAUGGAGGACGGCUUGCGGGCUAAGCUGGUGGAGGUGUGCCAGCUGAGGAAAGACAUUGACGAGCUGAGGACGCUCAUCUCAGACCGUUACGCACAGGACAUGGGUGAAAACUGUGUGACGCAGUGAGGCUUAUAUUUCUGGCUCGUCAGGACAGACGGCACUCUCUCAGAGCUCUUAAAGGGAAAAUAAAGUCAACCUGAUGCAAACAAACAAGGUCUUUCUGACUACUAACGGUUUGACCAAGCUGUGAAUCCAGUUUACAAGGACGUCUUUACAACAAGUUUCUUGUUUUUUUUUUUCUUGUGGACGUUGCAUUUAAGGCGUUUGAAUGUUUUCAUGUAUUUAUUGAGACUGUUUGAGGUUGAGUUCCUCACACUGUUCCUGUCAGUCGUCUUUGAGCAAGUGGUGUCCUAAAGUGCCUUGUGUUCCUCUUUGUGUACCUCCAAACUUCAUGGAUGUCUGUGAUUUUUUUUCUUUUACCCAAAGAAGCUUGUCCUUUCUUUACCCAACAGCUACAGGUCGCAGGUCGACGUUCAGGACUCUACACAUCAAUAAAAUAAAAAAAAACAGGACAAACAGCAGCAUUUGAAAGGUCCUUCAUCUCCAACAUCCUGCACCUCAUCUGAGUUUUUGGUUGGUUGUCUUUUAGUAUAUUUGAGCUUCCAAAGAAGCUAGCAAUGUUCCAUUUCAGAAUAAAUGACAGCAGAGGAAUCCAGGUGAAUCUAUUCAGGACACCGAUUAACUAUUUUUAAUUAGAAUAAAAUAUGAGCUGCUUUUUUCAUGCUGCGGCACAGUUCAGUUCAGAGCAAGUUGCACAGGUUGAGUUCCAAAGGCAGACAGGAAACAGAAUGUUCUGCACCUUCGGUUACUUCCUAACACGCUCAUGACAUUUUAUAUACUCCAGAUAAUGCAUAUAAUGCAAAACUUGUGCACUCAGGUAUUUUAAGAAUUUCUUUUAUUCGUUGUUCUUGAUCUGAAUGGUUUCAGCAAGUUCAUUUUGACCCCAAGCUAAAUUUUUUAUAGUUGAUCAUAUAAAGUCGAGCGAUGCAGUCAUGUCAAGCUUUGCAUACAUAUUUGCACCAAGGUGACGAAUGUUUAAGAUAUUUACAGUACAAGCGUCUAUAUAGUGCUUAUUUAUCGUGACUGUACUCCCAUUGUAUUUAAAGUAUAUUAAGCAUGUUUUGAAUUUAAAAUGGAGGUUUUGUCAUUAUGUGCUCAUAAUACCUUGUGCACGUGCUUAGGCUUAGAAUUUAUUUUUAUUUAAAGAAGGGAAUAGAUUAAGGUAAAUAAUUAGACUUAUAUUGCACUAUGCAACCUUCUCACGUUAACCAGCAUUUAUCAGCAGAUAUGUAAUAUUAUUCUGUGCCUUUACAAAUCUAUGCAGCAGAUCCACAGACUGAAAUCGAAGGGUAUUUUCCAUAAUUGGCAGAGACAUGGUUUAUUUCAUAAAGGUGCAGAUGAGCUAAGCCAUAUUAACAAGCAAUGCAUAUUUAUUCUCAGGCAGAGAGCUGCUCAUAACCUGAUGGAGAAUGUAUGUGGAGCUGUACAGUGUGAUCGCUGCUAGCAUGACGACUUGUGUAUAUAUAUGAAUAGAAAAGAAACGUGCACUGACUGACAUGACCCACUCACUGCGCACUGAAAGCCACUGGUUGGUUUGAAUUUCUCAUCAGUCUUUGAAUUCUUAAGCUUUUCAUUUUCCAGCUAGAUUUUACAAAUGCCAAAGGUCUAUUUAUGUACAAAGUAUUAACUAUUUUUCCAUUUUGUAAACUGCUUUUCAUUUGUACAAAUGUCAAAUAAAGUAUUUUUCUAC